GAUGCUUGCUGCUAAUAAUUGAGGCAAAACAGAAGAAUACUUUGGCCUCAGUGGAAAAAACAUUCAUCUUGUGGGUCUCCUGACCAAGUGAAACUUAGCUUGCACAAUAUCAAUGCUCUUCAAAACAUAGUGUAGUACAAACUCUGUGAUGCUCAUAAGUCUGUACUGCUCUAAGUCUGAACCAAUGGAGAGCUUGCUGUCCAGGUUUCUAAUGGUGUAGGCCUGAAAUGCAUCUACCUCAUCUGGGGAAACCUUUUCAACAUUUCUGUGGUUGCAUUGUUAGAGACCUCAAUGAUGUGCUUAGUGCUCUCAUCAAUGCAUUUCUCACUGACAUCUCUGUAGAGCCAGUUACAAGACCUCAACUUUCUUAUUGCAGUCUUGACAUGGUUCACAGCCACCAAACUACGCCACACAACAUUACUCUUGGUUGGCCUACCAUUGACAAUAAUGUACAACUCUUUGGUCUGGUAGGACAGAGGUAUGCUGUUGGACCUUGUUUA